AAAAAGACAGUUACAGACGUCCUGUGCUGGAGAAAGAAGACUCAAUAUAUGGACCAAGAAAUGGGGUGUAAUGACAGGGGAACAAACAUGGUGACAUUUGUUUGGCCUCUUGACAACAUUUUGAUUCCAUUUUUAAAAAAAACUACUGCUUUCCCACGAGUUUGAAAUCAUGGCUUGCUUUGACCCUGUCUGCCCUAAGACUCCAGUUCUGCUUUGGAGGCUAUGUCCGUUAUUAGCUAAUGUAACCAUUAUUUUGUAGUCUGGCAUGUUAAGUAGGUGCGGGGAGAAAGAGGAAAGAGGUGAAGAACAGAAGGAGAAAAGUGUGAGAAGGGGACAGAGCAAGGAGAAGGAGGCUAACUUGUAGGCAUUAAUCAGCGCAGUGCUCAUAAGGAGAUACUCUAUUGACAGUGACAUUUCCUGAUAAAGUAUCAAUCUGAAAUUCUGAACAUGCUUUAAGGAACCAUUUUAUAAUCAAUUACUCUACAUUUACACAGUGACUUUGUCUGAAGAAUUCCAAAACAGUUUACAAGCCUCUACUUUGAAGAGUAUAAACUGUAGCCACAUCCCAAAUGUUUCAGGCAGUAAGCUAGCAUAAAGCCAUGAGGAAGAAAUGAAGUUUUGUCUUGGAAGAUUGAAGCAACCCCUAGCGUGGUUUCAAGGCCUAGUAGUAUCCACAACCUUUCAUCUUCCUAUGGUAGGAAUAUUGAGCACCAUGCAGUUAGAGCACUAUGAUAACGCAAACAAUAUUCUUUCUUGUAUGACCCUAUAAGCCAAAUCUGGGGGCUGCAGCCUCCUUUCACAGCAGAGAAAGACUGGAGAGAUCUGUAUAAAUGAAACCUGGUCCUGAAACCACUGCUGAGCAUAGCACUUAACACUGCACGUUCCCUGGUGUAGCAAGUAUGGCCCGACUCACCUUUCUGCUGCCCUGCAAGCCGCAUAUUGAUUUGCAUCACUGCAAGGACUCAUCUUGCACUCCUUUAAAGUAUUUCUCAAUUGCACUAUAAAACAAGGACAGGAGUCAUCAUGGAAUUAUACCAAGCACUUCAGUGAGGGUCAACAACACCUAUGUUAGUGACUCAUGUACUUGGACCAUAAAAGGAAGUUUCAGAGGGUGUGGUGAUGGUGGAAUGAUCAGGAGGAGGGAUGAAUAGCUUGAGAGGUUUAUAAAACCAAUGGCUUUGAUCCUGUUUCCAUCCAUCUGACCUUCAUCCCAGUAGCUGCUCCUUUGACUCGUUUAGCUCUCAAAAGGCAACAUGGCUUUCACAGGCAAAUAUGAAGUAGAAAGUGAAGAGAAUUAUGAUGACUUUAUGAAGCGCAUUGGUCUCCCCAGUGAUGUCAUUGAAAAGGGAAGAAAUUUCAAGAUAGUCACUGAAGUGGUACAGAAUGGAGAAGAAUUCACUUGGUCUCAACAUUAUCCAGGAGGGCAGUCCAUGACCAACAAAUUCACCAUUGGCAAAGAAUCAGAAAUGGAGACAAUGAGUGGUAAAAAGUUCAAGGCAACAGUUAAAAUGGAAAAUGGCAAAGUGGUGGUAGAUUUCCCCAACUAUCACCAUACUGCAGAGAUAGCUGGAGGAAAGCUAGUUGAGAUUUCUGUUGCUGCCAGUGUAGCCUACAAAAGAAUCAGCAAAAAAAUAGCUUAAUGCAGAAGAGCCAGUCUUCUAGUGCACUGAGAAUUGAGCAACAAAAUAAUCAAUAAAGCAUGUUUUAGGAA